GCGCGGCGGGCCGGCAUGGCGGCGGCAGCGGCCUUGCUGGGCCGGGCCGCGGGCCUGGGCCUGGGCCUGGGCCUGGGCCUGGUCACGGCCGCGGGCGGGCGGCGGCUCCUCCGGUGCGGGACGGGAGCGGGGCUGCGCGAGCGGGGCACAGGGACCCUCCUCGACGGUGCCGUUGUAUGCAGGGCCGGCGGCGCGGCGGAGCGCUGCCUGUCUCGAGGGACCAGCUCGAUUCAGCGCCCGAAGCGGCCCCUCACCGCCUAUUUUCGUUUUGUGAUGGACAACCGUCCGGCCUUUCGGGAAAAAAACCCAGAAGCGAGCAACACAGAACUGAUUAAAAAAUUAGCAGGUGCGUGGAAGGAGUUACCAGCAUCACAGAAGCAGGUUUAUGAGGAAGCAAGAAAGACAGACUGGAAAAGAUACGGAGAGCAGAUGGCCGCUUACAAAGCCCAACUGACUCCAGCCCAGGCUGCUGCUUUGAAAGAGGAAAGGAGAAAACAACUGGCAAAGAGAAGAUCAAUCAGGGCAAAAAGAGAAUUGAAUCUACUUGGAAAACCUAAAAGAGCUCGUAGUGGCUUUAACAUCUUCCUGUCAGAAAAUUUUCAAGAAAGUGAGGGAAAUUCACCUGUGGCAAAGCUGAAGAAACUAUUUGAUACGUGGCAAAAAAUGUCUGCUUCCCAAAAACAGCCAUACUUGCAGCUUGCUGAAGAUGAUAAGAUUCGGUAUGAGAAUGAAAUGAAGUUGUGGGAAGCAAAAAUGAUUGAACUGGGACGUGAAGACCUGGUGCGUUCCAAAAAGCAAAAGUUAAAAAAGAAACCUGCUGAAACUGUAAAGCAAACUGAAACAGCCAAAGCUUCUUCAGGAAGAGGAAAAAAGGCAAAAUUAAAAAAAUCGGAAGAAUAAAAAAAUGCCCUGUGAUUGUCUUAUUUCUGUCCUGCUGUGUUAAUGCUGCAGUCAGCAUUAGCACUGAAAUUUGGAAAACCCGUGAAGGGCCCUUUGGAAAGGUGAUCAGGUAAGAGAGGAGUUACUGUCUCUCAGAACUGACUGAAAUAAUCACUGCAGGUGUAGCCUGAGCUGUAGGAUAGCAAUUGAUUAAUCAAGCUGUGAAUACUGAUACCCACUGACAUCAGCAGUGCUCUCCAAUAACGGUUGAUAAUAUCCAGCUUUUAUAAGCUAUUUUUUUGAUGAAAAAAUAAAAAAUAUUCUUUCUUUAUGAAAGAAAGAAUAUUCUGCAAUGUUACCAUCUAAAUUCUGUAAAUAAGAGCUGAAAUCUGAGUUAACACUGCUGUGUUUUAUUCCCUCCAUGUUAUUGCUAGUGGGAUGUUCUACAUUUCAACAGGCAUAAGAAACACAAAAUGCUAGCUUUUAUUUUAUGCAUCUGUCUUUUUGUACCUGUUAAUCUGUGUAUGCCACUUCUGUUGCAUUUAAAGACCCAUGUGAGUUUUGUAUGAACGUACCUUUAUUGGACUUCGAUUUUGUGGUUUUGUUUGGAUACAUACAAACAUUUUUGUCUCGUUGUUGUCACAUUUGGGCGACCUAGAAGGAAAAAAAAUAUGUGAGCUGCUUGACAUUUGAGUUUUGGUGUAAUAAAUACAGGUAUUUUGAA